AUGGACACACCCAGCGAUGGUAGUGACAGCGGCAACCGCAUCGGCAGCGGCGACCGCUUCGACCGUGGCGAUGAACCGUUCAGCAAGUACGUAGGAAAGGGGUACGACAUCCUGUUCGGCUACCCACUGCCAAACAACGAGCUCGUGGAAGACCCAGGAUUUAGAAACGAAAUAUUCGACACGAGAAAUUCUCUGGACAUUAUCAGCCAAGUUGCCUGUCACAGAGAUGAAUAUUUCAGCUUCAUCGAAGGGAUAAAUGAUGUUGCUCACUUAGCCAUGGAUAACAUAAACGUUGAAGAUGUGAAUACGAGCAUAAUUCCCUUUUCUGCCUCCAUGCCUUACAAAAGCUACUUUGCCGAUUUAGAAAUAGGAAGGAAAAAAUACCUAGUUGCUCAGAACAGCUGUGUGCACAAAUACGUAACGUACAACUUGAGAGACUCCACUAGGCAUAUUAAUAGAGAGUUCCUACUGGAGACGGAGAAGUUGCCCAUUUUGGAAAAGAAGGCGAAUGGAAAGGAUUUUCUACAGGGGGAGUACCCCCACCGUGAGGGGAACCAACAGUGUGCAGGAAGCAUAAAACCGUGGAUGGAUUUUUUCCAGAAAUAUGGAACCCACUUAGUUUUGUCUGCGCACUUUGGGGGGCGGUCCUUUAACGCGCUGGAAGUUUCUCGGCGCACGAUGGAGGAAGCGAAGAUAUACAGCUAUAAGUACGCCCUCGGGAGCGUCCCCAGCUUGGACGUGUUCAGGGCGGCGUGGCUGCAGCAGGGGGGUCCCAAACGGGGGGGUACAGAAGGUAGCGCAGGUAGCGUAGAUGGCGUAGAUAGCGUAGAUGGCAUAGAUAGCGUAGAUAGCGUAGCUAGCGGUGGUGACGAUAUUCUUAACCAACCGAAUAACCAGCUACAUGAUCAGCCGCUUAACCAACCGCCCCGCACGAGGGAGAACGCCCUGGGGGGGAGAGCCCCCAGCCUGGACACCCGCGGGGGAAACCAAACCUUCGACGGGUGGAACCAACUGACGUACGCAGUCUGGAAGGACUCGAUUUAUGCCAACCUGCUUCCAGUGCACCUGGAGCUAAUUUCACUAAGCUCCUUCAUGCGCACGGGGAAAAAGGAAUCAUACGACAAGGCCCUGGUUUACUACAACAGCCUCCACGGAAUGAACAAGGAAAGGUAUUACCUCUCACAAGACAUUACAGACGUACUGGCUGAUGGGAAGCAAAUAACAGGAUCGGCCAAAGGUUCGCUCAUUUUAAGUUGCCCCGUUGGUUAUGUUAAGAGUACUGGGUUUAUCCUCACCUAUGACACAUCUGAGAGGGUGAGGGGUGGUGCUGCGAAGGGGCGAGACGCAGCGAAGAUCCGUGUGUACCCCUGCCUCAGUAGGGGAGAAUACGACAUUUCAUGCUCCCACAGAAAUGAAAGCGAUGCUGUUAUUUCCUUCGGAUGGCUGUACUGCGUGAAGCACAGCUUUGUCAAGCUGGAAACGUUUUAUGCAAAUGGAAGUAACAAAUCAGGGGGAACAUCACUAGAGGGUAAGUGCCCAGAAGGAAGCAGCGUAGCCUUCGGGUUUAAAAUGAAAUUGGAACGAAAUAAAAAUUUCCCCAGCGUGAAGGUGAAGGCAUGCCCCGUCGGUGAAGCCAAGUGUGCAAUUAGCCAUACGAAGGCCAAUUCUGAUUACCUACUGUGGGGGUUCUGCGCCCCCCGGUCGUUUCACAGCAUCAGCUCAUUGCAGGUGACAUACAUUGAAGAGUCCAACGUGAUGAACGACGUGCAGGGUGCUUGCUCCGACAUGUACAAAAAUAAAUACGAUAACAUAUUUCUUGGGUUUUCCUUCUCCUUUGACAAUGCACUGGGGAGUGUGGAUGUGUCUCCUUGCGCGAUGAAGACCAAGGACUGUGUCCAUAGGGUGAGCAGGCGGGCGGCGAAGAGCUACACGGGCAUGUUCCUGCUCUGCAGGAAUGACGGUGGCGCCCGGAGGGAGUUUUCCUCCCCCACGAGGUUGGCUCAGUGA